AGCAACAGGCAACCCCUGCCCUGCCUCAUUCUGCGAGUCUACAUUCACCCCCGUUCCGUUGGACUAACCCGUGACCCUCCUUGGGGCCUAGACACGAUACGAUGAAUCCGUCUGUGAUCUCGUUGGCCAUUUGGAUCGUACAGCAGAUUUACCGAGGGAAAUGUCGUCAGUAUAUGCCCGCAUGGUCGAAUGAGGGAAUGUGGCUUCCAGUGUUUUCGCCUCACCGGCAGCGAGCGGAGGAGAGGCCGAAGUGUAGUAUUAGGUGCCUCUGCAAGUCCUGGCGUGGGAUGCGGUUCGGAUCUCCCCUGCGGAGUAUGUGGUAGGUGAUAGAUCGCGGGACAAGGUAAGUCCUGAAACUCAUCCUACCCACCCCCUCUCCUCUUCUCCAAGCUACCGCCUAUAUAUCUCGACUGGGAGACCCGCUCCAGGCUACCUGUAACGUAGGCAUCUAUCCCUCAACAAGCGGCCACUUUGCUCAAGUGUGUAUUUCCUGCCCAGGUUUCAUUCACUUUUGCGACCAAAAUGCUCCUUAUAACUGGCUAUGCUUUUGUUACCGGUGGAGGGAGUGGAAUAUGCAAAGCGGUCUGCGAGGCCUUCGCUAAGUCCGGCGUAGACGGGUUGCUUGUAGCCGACAUUAACCUCGAAUCCGCUACCGGGACUGCCCAGGCGGUUAAGGCCCUGGCGACGAAUCCCAACUUCCGCGCGGAGGCCGUCCAGAUUGACGUAGCGAAGGAGGAAUCGGUGGCGGCGGCUACCCAGAGGAUGCUCGAGGUCUUUGGCCGAAUCGAUUACUGCGUGAAUGGUGCUGGGGUCGCUGGCAAUUCCGCCCGUGUUACCGAUUUCCCUCUCGAAGACUUUGAGCGCGUCAUGGGGGUCAAUGCCCAGGGGACCUUCAUCGUCCUCAAGGUCGUCUUGGCCGCGAUGGCGUCGCAGGAGGCCCACGUCAUCGACCCGGCCCUCCCGGCACGAGGAGUUACGCGUGGGGCAAUCGUCAAUCUAGGCUCCAUCGCAUCGCACAUAGGCAUAUCCGCCGCGGUCGCCUACGUCGCAUCGAAACAUGCCGUGCUCGGCAUGACCAAGGUAGCCGCUCUAGAAAAUGCCAAGCACAACAUUCGGGUAAACUGCUUGUGCCCGUCGUGGGUGGCGACACCGAUGAUAAAUGCAGCGAUGAAAGCGAAACCGACUCUUGAGGCAUCAAUACUGUCACAGAGCCCCCAAGGGCGUCUCGCAUUGCCGGAAGAGAUAGCGGACAUUGCGGUUUUCCUGUGCAGCACGCACGCGAACUGGAUCAACGGGAGCUCCUAUGGUGCGGACGGCGCGUGGCUUUCCGGCUUCUCUUACAGUGGUUAGUGGGAGCAUAUCGUGUUGUCGCUUGCUACGCGACGGCGUAAUCCUCGCUAUAGGCCGCGACGAGCCAGCUAGUCGCGUACCAAAGAACCUACAUUCUCAUUAGGAGAGUAGGGGCUUGGCUUAGUUCGACCAACGGUCGCUAUUCACGUAAUAUGACCAACAGAUGCCUUUAGCCAUCCUCUCGA